AAACUCGAAACAGAAGGCUUUGAAACGUGGCUUGUGCGUGGAACGAACGGAAUAGAAGAUUGGAGUUCCAAGAGGUGUGUGUCAUUCCAAGAAAAGCGAAGUGAAUUCACAAGAGCAAAGAGCAAGAGCACCAAGCAACUCACCUAAUAGACUCAUAAUAAGAGACAACCAACGGCCACAACAACAACAACGACAUGUUCAGCACCAACGAUAUCAACAACGGCAACAGCAACACUACUAGCACUACUACUACCAGUCCCAUGAAUUCCCUGUUCAGUUUCGACAAGCGCAAUUGCAACCGACGCAGUCGUGCCGCUGGUACUGAUUCUACGUACCGAUACAACACUGACACUAUUGAAGAAGAUGACACUAGCGUUUGCAGCAGCGUGUCUGCUUUGACGGACGACGAACAAGACGACCAUGGCGCUCUUACUGCUAGUAGGCCUGCACCAGCUAUUCUUGCUCCUACUUCUAUUGCUACGACUCCAACUGUCAACGCCAACCGGAAGAAAAAGAGUCGAUUCGCCAUUACGAAGGCUAGGGUUAAUGCUACGACUCAGUCCAGUCCCGCAUCUGACGCCGUCUCCAUCUCCUUUCUACAUGUAGCCAAGCAACCCGCCCCGGGCACUACACCAUUGGGCACAACACCAUCAUCAAUAGGCAGACCAACGCAAGUGAUACAAAAAGCACUGGCGGGACUACGACCGGGAGGUGUCUUUUUCGUAUUGGACUACAAGGACGAAGCGAACCAGCCCUGUCCGUCCUUGGCCAUGAAGGAGAUCCCGCAAGACCUAGUCGAGAAAUGGAGCCUGACCAUGGUUCCCACCAACCUGGAAACGUUCUACAAUACCAAACUCAAGCUACCGUCUUCCAAACCAGCAGCACCACGAACGUCCUCUUUACCAGCUUCUAAGCGAAUCGUACGAUGGAUGGGAAUCAAACCACGUCAACAGGUUUCUCCGGCCGCAAACUAAUAAAUGAAAACAAAGAGAUUGGAGGUGCAUUGCCAAUGCCUUGCUUGCUUUGCUUGCCUUGCUUGCUUGCUCGCUCCUUUGCUCUGACCUGACGUUACAUGGAACAGACUUAGCUUUGCUUGCCUGCUUGCUUGCUUUCCUCUUUUUCUCGCACUCUCAAACGCUCAUAAGCAAAAUCUACCAAGACCUUCCGCAAUCAACAUCCACUCUUCGUCCUUGCUCUCUUCCUAGAAUCCUG